UAUUUCUUUCUUUUCUUCUUUUCAAAAACAUAUUAUGCUGUUAAAAGUAUGUUCAAAUCGCGAAGCUGGUUUGGAUUAACACAAAGAGGACCAAAAAAUCGUUUAUCUCUUGAAAAUCUCAAAAUUCUGUAUGGAGUGUUGGAAAAGAAUCAAAAUGUAUCUGAACAAAAUCGUGAAUUGCUUGUUGAGUCAUUGCGUUGUAUAGCCGAAAUUUUAAUUUGGGGCGAUCAAAACGAUGGAAGUGUCUUCGAUUUCUUUUUGGAAAAAAAUAUGCUGAGCUAUUUUCUCUGUAUUAUGCGUCAGAAAAGCGGUGGGUCUAGUUACGUCUGUGUUCAAUUGCUGCAAACUCUAAAUAUUCUUUUUGAGAAUAUUCGAAAUGAGACAUCUUUAUAUUACUUACUAAGCAACAAUCAUGUGAAUUCAAUAAUCGUUCAUAAAUUCGAUUUCUCUGAUGAGGAUGUCAUGGGCUAUUACAUUCUGUUUUUGAAAACACUCAGUCUUAAGCUCAAUCCUCAUACGAUUCAUUUCUUCUACAACGAACACACCAAUGAUUUUCCUCUUUACACUGAAGCCAUAAAAUUUUUCAAUCAUCCAGAAUCAAUGGUAAGAAUUGCAGUACGUACAAUCUCUUUGAACGUCUACAAGGUGGAAAAUGAAUCAAUGCAACAGUUCAUUCGUGACAGAACAGCAGCUCCAUAUUUCUCGAAUCUUGUGUGGUUUAUAGGAAAACAUAUUUUGGAAUUGGACGCAUGUGUAAGAAAUGACACUGAUCAUCAGUCACAAAAUCGUUUAUCAAACCUUGUUGCUGAACACUUGGAUCAUCUUCAUUACUUAAAUGAUAUCCUUCUUUUGAAAAUUGACGGAUUGAAUGCGGUAUUGACAGAACAUUUACUUCACAAACUUUUUGUUCCGCUGUUUGUUUACUCUCUUACACCACCUACACCCGUUUCAAUGGCUGUUGUUACAAGGAAUCUUGCAGCCGUGUUGAAUAAGAUUGUAGAUAUAGAUGAAGACGUUCAGGACUCCUCAAAUCCUCGAGUGUCAAGCGUUGUUGCAUUAUUUCUUCUUUCUUUAGUAUUCUUGGUAAUCACUCAUAGUCCGUUAGUUCAUGCUUUGGCCUGGGUGCUACUCAAUGGUGAUCAUAGUGUUUUCAAAGAUGGAGCUUCUGAAAUUCUUAAUAAUUAUGUUGAUAGACGAGAAAAGGUGACAUUAGGAUUUGGGGAGCCAAGUGAAAGUCUUGAAGAAGCACUCGACGGAUCAAUUUCUAAUAUUUCGCCGUCAGCAUCUGGCAAUUAUAAUAAUGAAACUUCAACUAGCAGCUCUUCAUCACCAAGAACAAAUCAACAUUUGGAUUCUGGAGGUAGAGUUUCUUCUGAUGGUAGUUUAAGUGAGGAAAUGGAAAAAGUAAACAUAACUGAUGAAGAAAAAGAGCAAAUCCUUGAAUCAUCUUUAAAUGUUCAAAAAAGCAAUCGACCUUUCCUUGAUAUGAUUUUACAAUCACUCGAAUGUUCAGAAAAUGAUUAUUUAACGCUGCUGGCUCUUUGUUUGCUUUAUGCACUUGCCAACAACAAAGGUGUUAACUCUGACUGGUUAGAUUUAGUUUUAAAUAAAUCAUCAUCAUCUGUUGCUACGAAAUAUAAUGGAGUUUUAAUGGAAAAACUUUUAUCAAUUAUUCACACUUCAAGUCAACCAUCAUGUCGCGUUCGUCUCGUCACAAUUGAACUAACUUUGAAACUUCUACUACAACUAUUUCGUUUGAAUCCUUUGCAAAUUCAAGAAAUUCAAAAAUCAUCACUGCUUCAAGCUCGCUCUCAAUCGAUGACAGUUCUCAAAAACUUCUAUAAAUCCGAGGAUAUAUUUCUUGAUCUCUUUGAAGACGAAUAUAACGAAAUGAUGAAAUCGAACAUAAAUGUUGAAUUUCUUUGUAUGGAUUCAACAAUAUUACUUCCUCCGACCGGAACUCCUUUGACUGGAAUAGAAUUUAGCAGGCGAUUACCAUGUGGCGAAGUAGAAAAGGCAAGGAGAGCAAUAAGAUUCUUUUUCCUUAUAAGAAAAAUGUGCCAAAGUAUCAAUGAUGAAGUAGAACAAUUAUUACCACUUACCAAUCAAUCACAAUGUGUUCAGAUUGAGAAUGCUUUGGAUUUAAACAACAGCGAUUUAAUUGCUUGUACAGUCAUCAUGAAAGAUACAACAAAGUAUCGUCGAUUUCUGGUUAUCGACAUUUUACAAUUGAUACUUGUUGAACCAGAUCCUCGUAAGCUUGGAUGGGGAAUUGCGAAGUUCGUUGGAUUGCUGCAAGAUGUAGAAGUCGCUGGUGACAAAGAUGAUUCACGUUGCUUACACAUAACGAUACAUCGCGGAACAACAAAUCGUACUCCGAUUUUAUCAGCAAAAUUUAUCUUUGACGACCACAUUCGAUGUAUGGCUGCAAAGCAAAGAUUAACAAAAGGACGUACAAAAGCGAGACAAAAGAAAAUGUAUCAGAUUGCACAAUUAUUAGAGAUCCCUCAACUAAACGAUUCACCAACACCGAUUUACAAUUCAAUGCUACGAGAAUCGAGGACGGCACGAACACCUCGUGAACAUAGACCUCUUUUUAGUACUGUUCAGCAUCGUCCUGGAGUUGCAUCAGCUUUGAGAAGGGAAAGCAUGCCGUCAGGGAGUGUAAGUCGAUGUCAGAUUGUCAACAAUAGAUCGGAUGGGGAAUCAUCCAGACGACGCAGUUCAUCGAAGACAAGUUUACCAAUUAAUACUCCAUCAGGUUCCAAAAACCGCUCACAUUCAGGAACACCAAAGUCACGAGAGUCAAGUCCUCGCAUGCACAGAGAGGAAAUUCCUUUAGAACAUUUAAAUUCAUCACCUUCUUCCCGAUGUUCAUCAAAUUCAGCAUCACGUUCGCAAACGCCUUCAAGAUUGAUUACAGAUCUAAAUAUUGGAAUGAGUGUUGCAAAAGAAGGAACAUCUCAAACAAAUGGUGAGUUUACGAUAGAAAGUUCAGAAGAGACGUCGUUCAUUGCUGCAGAACGAAAAAAAGGAACAAUCGAAACGGUAUAAAAAGAUUCCGUUUAUUAUACAUAUUCUAUUACCUUAUAAAAGAAAUUAUUAUCUGAAAAUUAAAAUGUACGCAAAAUAAUCCAAAAAUAUUGUAGUCAUUAAAUAAAAUUCUGUUGAGAAAACGAA